CAUAGGACGGUCGGAUCAUUUCCAACUGACGAAGAUUAUUAUUAAAGUGUCCCAGUAGACCGGGCUGUCUUCCUGCCUCCAUCGGCCAUGCGUCCUCCCGGUGUGAACGAAUGAAUAAACGAGGCGUUGCGGAGCGCUGUUAGCCAAUGCGGACGCUCCUCACACGCGAGAGAGCGUCGAGUGGGAUAGUGUGCCGUCGAGCUGUCAGGUACGGAUGAUAAUUGUCAUGUUUCUGUUUCGCUCUGGACUUCCACAGGAGGAAUGAGUAAUCGCUAUGUGCUCAUCGAAGGAGGCGGGUAUCUCUCAGACAUCCGGAAUCCAUCGCGGAAUCCCACAGCUGUACAGCGGGGCCGAGAGUCACAGCGGCCCGCUCUAGGAGCUCCUACCGCGCGUCGUUAUGCCGUUCCCAGCGCUGUUUAUGGAGGAUUACAGUAGGAGACAGGCGUGCGUCAUUCCGUGCCUUGAUUGAUUCACGUAUUCCCAAAAUAUGGCCGAUCAGAGCAACAUUCAGUCCGCCGCCUCCAAAAGCAUCAGGCCGUUCAAAUCCAGCGAGGAGUACCUGUAUGCCAUGAAGGAGGAUCUGGCUGAAUGGCUGAACACAUUGUACGAUCUGGACAUCACGGCGGACACUUUUAUGGAGGGUCUGGAGACCGGCUGCGCGCUCUGCCGGCAUGCCAACAACGUGAACCGCGCCGCGCACGAAUUCAAGGCGAACUAUCCAGAUGCGGCGCUCUCUUUGCGGAUACCCAGCAAGGACGUGGUCUUCCAGUCGAGGAAUGUCAUUCCCGGGUCGUUUUUGGCCAGAGACAACGUGUCCAAUUUCAUCGGGUGGUGCAGGCAGGAGCUCUGGAUCAAAGAUGUGCUCAUGUUUGAGACCAACGACCUGGUGGAGAGGUGCAACGAGAAGAACUUCGUGCUGUGUCUGCUGGAAGUGGCGCGCCGCGGGGCCAAAUUCGGCAUGCUGGCCCCCAUGUUGAUUCAACUGGAGGAGGAGAUCGAGGAGGAGAUCCGAGACCAGGAGAACCUUACAGAGGUCAUAGGGGAGACUGGCGUGUCCGAGAGCCCGCCGAAAAGGACGUACACUCGCAAGCAGAGCAUCGGUGAGCCCGACCCGGAGCUGUUGGCCCGCUGGCGGGAGCAGCAGAAGAGAGUUCUGCUGGAUAUGCGCAACCUGGACGAGCUGGUUCGGGAGAUUCUGGGCCAGUGCUCCUGUCCAUCACAGUUCCCCAUGACCAAAGUCUCAGAAGGAAAGUACAAAGUGGGCGACUCCAGCGCUCUCAUCUUCAUCAGGGUGUUACGAACUCAUGUGAUGGUGCGCGUGGGCGGAGGUUGGGACACACUUGAGCAUUACCUCGACAAACACGAUCCCUGUCGCUGUGCUGCAUACGCUCACCGGUAUCAGCAGGCAAAAGCGAGUGGCCAGGCUCCGCACAGUAAGAGCUCCAGCGCUCAUUCUUCCCGCUCCACAAGCCCAGGACCUCACUGGCGCAACGAAGGCAUCGCACCCUACAAAAUGCCAGACAGACGCUCUUUGGACCCUGCAAUGGGCACCACUGCGCAUUCCUCUCCAUCACGACCCGGCAGGUCACACCAUGCAGCAGUGCCUGUGGAGAUGGACACAAACACAGGACGGCCCACAACACUGCUGCCUCGACCACCACGAGACAGAUCAGAGCCACGCCACUUUAAUCCGCUCAGGAAUAAGGAAUCUCUUCUGCCAGCUCGCAGGCUUUCAGGAGACAGUGACUCUUCUACUGCUUCAUCUAAAGGAGGAAGCACAGGAGGAGGCCGCUUCUCUCUGGGUACACGGCAUGCGCAUGGAGAUGAGGUGGUUCUGCUGGUGAACCGAAAGGAGGGGAAACAUGUUAUUGAACGUCCUGGAGGGGCAGCACAGAUCCCAGCCCUGAGAACCCCUCAGACCCGUGCACGCAGUGCUUCCAGAGAGCGCACUGGAGCACAGUCCAGCACGAUCCUAAAACCUAGUCCACCCCAGGGCCUAGCAGAGGUACAUCGAACACCCCGCACAGAGAGAGGAAGAUCUCUGGGACCUGAUGGUCCACGAAAAUUGCAGGCGCCACGGUCCCUCAGCCAGGGUAAGACACCUAGAGGCAGACUGGGUGAUGUCAGUCCUGGAUCAUCACCCCGCCGCAAAGACCCUCAUCCUCUUUCCAUAGAUCGAAGAGAGGAACUAAGACCCAAGCAUGUGCAGGCAGCUUCCCCAAAAUUAAGUGGAAGUAUGCCUAGAAGACAAGCAAAUUCCUCAGCCUCAAACUCACCUGUGAAAGGCUGCACUAGUGGAAGUCCUGCGAAAAAGGGAAUGGUCAUGCCAAGGCCUCCUGCUCCUCGGUCACCGUCCUCUGGGAGCCGGAAGUUACUUCCUCCUGUCACACAGCCAGGACGGCGCUCACCACAUUCUUCUCCUCGAAGUCAUCAUCCACCACGCUCCCCUCGAUCUGCUCAUAAUUCACGAUCUAUAGGGAGAGACCAAAGAGUUUGGGCAAAUCCGCACAAUCAACAGCAGGAGAGCCAGGAGGACAGCAGCAUAUUUAGUUUACACCUGCUGCCAAGUCUGGACCCUCAAAGGGAGCAAGACCUGUAUCGCAGCUUUGAGGCUGAAUUCCUUGCCAAUACGCAACAAGCUAAGGCUGGGCAGGGUAAAGUGUCUGCUGGAAGGGAGAUGAGGUCACUACAGCUCCCUGGGUCUCAACAAGCUUUAGGGGUUCUCCCAAACUCUUCUGGUGACACUAACGUUACAGACUCUGCUUACUCUUCUUCUAACUCUUCAACGUCUUCUCUUAAUGUUGGAGGUAAAGUGGGAGUCCUGCCUGAUUUGCGAGAGUCUAAACGGACUAAUUCUCGCACUUGUGCACUCGAGGACCCUCCUGCCCUGCUCCAUAGCCAGAUUCGCGGAGGCCUCACUAACGGAGGUAUGCUGGAGGGAGAGCGAUGGGGUGGUAGAGGCGGCCUCCGUAAGCUGCCAGCCAUCUCCAGCUCCACAGAGGAAGGAGAGGCUUCAAAUUCAGGCUUAUCAAGGUCAGUGUGCCACCCCAAAGACAUCAAUGGCAGCCUUCCUUUGACAGAAGUACCAAUGGAAAGCCAAGAUGAACUGGUGGAAUGGCCUGGGUUGGAGGGAGACGUGCCACAAUGUGAACAUCACCCGGACCUGCCAAAUGACAGUGCUGACCAGCCUCUACCUGAAUCGUUUCCCUCCCCUCCACCCCCUGUUGAUGACUGUUCCUAUCAGGACUCUUCCAGUGAAAACUCCUCCAUGUGCUUAAGUCUGAGUGAGCCUCCAUCUGAGGGCUCGUGCACUCCUCCUCGACCACUGGCCAAUGGGGAUGUGGAUGGCGCAGUUGUUCUCCGUGCCAAGAAAGGUCAAAAGAAGGCAGAGAGGGUCCCGUCUAUCUACAAGCUCAAGCUGCGACCGCGGAUACGACCUCGCACUGACAACAGACCCGAUAACAGCCCAUCACGCAUCCCUACGCCUGUACGGUAUGCAAAUCAUUGUCAUCAGUCUCCUGCCAACUCGUCUCCCCUCCAGACGCCCCCACAGUCCCCACGAAUAAACAAUCACCAACCCUCACACAAAGCCCUGCAUCAGGCCAUUGCUGACCUCAUCCAACCUCAACAGCGGUCCACAGCUAUGGGCUCUAGGGAGUGUGCUUAUUCUUCAGAGUCCAGCCUGGACAAUGAGGCCUGGAUGUCUUGAAGUUGUCUGUAUUCCCUCACUCAGCUGAUUUACAGUCAGAUUAGAGAGAGUAACAGCAAAAAAGCACAUUUGUAAGACUAGGCGACUUGAAUGCACAUCUGAUUGUUGUGUACAACUUGUAGCAGGAUGCUGGAACCAUCACUGUCAUUUCACUGGAGACAUUUGCCCUGAAGUGGCUAAGAACAUUACCAACACCAUUCUUGACAUCUUGGACCAACAUAGCCUGUAUUUAAGUAAAUCAGAAUGCUCCAUGCACCAUCUGAGCCAUAGAUCUCAAACUCUAUGGUUUUGCUCUAGGGUUUUGCUUCAACCCUAAUCAAACUCAGCUGAUGCAACUAAUCAAGGUGUUCAAGGCGAUUUUGAACACUCGAUUAUUUGGAUCAGCUGUGAUUGAAUAGGGUUGGAGCGAAACUGUGCAGAGCUGUGGCCCUCCAGGAAUUGAGUUUGAGACCUAUGAUCUGCUAUUUUCAAACUUGUUCAAUGAGUCAUUGUUCCUUCUCUGAGUUUUAAGUUUGACAAUGGAAAUCACUGCAAUUCCCGUUUAUGGAUGUAUGUGUUUAAUGCUUCUUCUUGAUUUUCUCAUGAGCUGUUCCAUGAGAACUAAUUUUAGCCAUUUUUGCAUUUAGGAUUGGAACAAAUUGUACAAAUUGUCGUUUUCCAUCAGGGAAUUGUAAUAUUCAGAAUAUACUGUAUUGUGAAAAGAAAGAGCUAUAAAAUACAUAGUGCAAAAAUAAUCUUGGCAGAAUCAUUUUGGUGUAAUUAUAGGUCAAAAAAUCUAUAUUUUUUUUUCAGCCAUGUGGAAUCUAAAUUGGAAAUACAGCAAAAUAACUACAUUUUUAGCCAAGGCUAAAUAGGAUGGCAUAUCAACUUGUUACAAUUCUCAAGAUAAUAUAAUUCAUACAUUGUCCGCUUAACUUCAGCAUAGGCAAACACGAAAAAUUGUAUUUGUGUAACAUGUUCUGUACAAAAUAAUUGAUUAAUGUAUACGUUUAUUAUAUGUAAUAUAUGUUCAGUUGCUUUAAUGUGUGGUAGUAAAUUUAAAUUAAUUAAUUGAAUUUAAUUAAUUGAACUGAUGUUAAAAAAUAAAAGUAUGCUGUUUAUUUCAGUAUGGUAAUUCUGCCUUAGCUAUGCAAUGUUGCUAUUGAAUGUUGCCUUGACAAAUUUUCUUGCCUUAAAGUAAGAAUGAGAAGUUGUGUUUGUAGAGGAUGGUCAAAUCUGUUAGCGUGUGAGGAGAAUGUGUUUAACAGAAUGGAUAUUCUGUUUUGACCCGUUGUAAACUGUGAGACAAUCGCGAUUUAAAAGAGUAACACGUGAUCAUGUUUUUUUUUUUCAGCGGCUGGCUAAAUUUGAAGAUAUUGCUUGAUUUAUCUACAAGUGUGAAAUGAUGAAGGAUGUUAAACGAAAGAUAGUGCCAUAUGAAUCAUCAAAAGGUUUUUCCAAAAAUGGAAAUCACAACUUAUGGAUAGAAAAUGGAAAUUGUUAAGGAAAUCAAAGGAAUCCAAAGCUGUUUAUAAAGUAGUCGUCGUGGUAUCAGACCAAUUUCUUUUUAAAAGUCUAUGGCGCCACCAAGCGGUCGAGCGGUUAAUCAGCUUGACAAAAAUAUCGUUACUAGCAAGGUUUGAUUGACUUAAAUCCACAGUAAAACGUGAGAUUUGACUUGCCAUAAAUUAUGUGUGUGUGUGUGUGUUUAUUUCAAACACAUUUGUUCUGACAGAACUUUGCAUAUAAUAGGGGAAAACAUUAACUACUUUCAAGAAUUACACUACUCACAUAGAGCUUUGGCAGUGGAUUGUUUAUUUAUAUCAAGUGAGUAAGUUAUUAGGCCUUGGUUAUUGGUUGAAUUGUUUUAUAAUAAAGGGACGACGUAUGUUUCUGAAUGAACUGUUUACUUCUGGUAUGUUCUCUUGUGGAGGAUUUCUAUUGGCGUGUAUUUAUGAGCUCAAGUGUUGUAUCGAAAGGUGUUCAGAUGUUUGCAUUUCCAUUGAAUCAAAAAGGGGUCAGAAAAGUGAGUGGGAAUUCAUUACAGUAUUAUUAUUAUUUUAUUUUUCGCCAAACUGACUGCAAUCAUUACUGUUAGCAUGGCUGUCAACAUUCCACGACACCUCCUGUAUAAAAUAACGCAAUACAAUUCAUCACUACACAUUACUUUUAUAUUUGUUGCCAUUUAAACGUCUGCUGUGACACUUAGGACGUAAAAUUUCACACCGAGGUUUAUAUAUAAGGACAGUAGAGCUUUCUGCCAACUUAUAUUAAUAGCUGCUGUGCCUAAAUCUCAUUUUAGAACACAUAUAAACACUACACAGACUAUUUAAUCCUCAACUGCCAUACACUUGUACAGUAAACCCAUUUUGAGAUCCAUAACUAUUCUGUUUUGCUUUUACAAGACAUUUGAUUUGAUUUUUAUUAAUGAUGGGUUUGGCAAAUUUGGACUGUUUAACUAAUUUAUUGCAUGGAUGGGUUCUGUGUUUUUUAAUCAUUAUUGGCGUCAGGACUGUGUAGAUUCACAUGUUUUAUUUACUUGAGCAAACCCAUCUGCGUUAGGCGAAUAUGAUGUUCAGAUGUGAUCUACUAAAUGCAUGUUGAAUCUAUAGUCAUGCUCUGGUUUCAUGAAAAGGUUGUUGGGUGAUUUUAAAUCUGAAUGUUGAUGGAUUUACUUUUUAUGUCUGCAAUUUUUUUAUUAUUUGGCUGAUUGUUUUUUUUUAAUGUUGACAAUGAAAUGUAAGGUCUUGACAUUGUGGAAUUUGUCUGUGUUGAAUAGCAAUAUUGCAAGACCAACAUUCCACUGUUCUUUGAAAACCAAUUGCUGUUAAUUUAAUUCUUGUAAUUAAAAUGUUUUGGAUGAAAUUA